UCGAGGAAAGCGGAAAAGAAUGUUCGAUUUGACGGGCAAGCAUGUCUGCUAUGUGGCGGACUGUGGAGGAAUCGCACUCGAGACCAGCAAGGUUCUCAUGACCAAGAACAUAGCGAAACUUGCUAUAUUACAAAGUGUCGAGAACCCCCAAGCUAUCGCCCAACUCCAGUCGAUUAAACCCAGCACCCAAAUAUUCUUUUGGACCUACGAUGUAACCAUAGCCCGGGAGGAAAUGAAGCAAUAUUUCGACGAAGUCAUGGUUCAAAUGGACUACAUCGACGUGCUCAUAUACGGGGCCACCUUGUGCGAUGAAAACAAUAUUGCUGCCACCAUCAACACGAAUUUGACCGGAAUGAUGAACACUGUGGCCACCGUCCUGCCCUAUAUGGACCGGAAAAUGGGUGGAUCGGGGGGGCUGAUUGUGAAUGUUACCUCUGUCAUUGGGUUGGACCCGUCGCCAGUGUUUUGCGCCUACAGUGCCUCGAAAUUCGGAGUGAUUGGCUUCACCAGAAGUUUGGCGGACCCGCUCUACUAUUCCCAGAACGGAGUGGCAGUUAUGGCGGUUUGCUGUGGACCCACAACGGUUUUUGUGGACAGGGAGUUGAAGGCGUUUCUGGAGUACGGCCAGUCCUUUGCCGACCGCCUGCGCCACGCCCCCUGCCAGUCGACUGCCGUCUGUGGCCAGAACAUCGUCAAUGCCAUACAGCGGGGGGAGAACGGACAGAUUUGGAUUGCCGAUAAGGGCGGCCUCGAGCUGGUCAAGUUGCAUUGGUACUGGCACAUGGCCGAUCAGUUCCUGCACUACAUGCAGAGCAAAGACGACGACGACCAGAAUUAAGUAUCCGCCUAAUAAACCAAGCUGUCACAAAAAGUA